GCUAGCCUCCUAACUCCCGUUCCUCCUCGGCGUUUCUUCCCCAGGUCCGAAGUCAGGGUCCAGGACUGCUGUGAUUCAUCAGCUUCGCCUCUCAUCCCCCAUCUAGAGGGGACGGAAACGCUCAGGUGAACGCUAAGCCUCCCACCACUAGCCGGCCCUAAGCAAGGCCAUGCGCAGUGUGGGCGGGAGCCCUAAGUCAGCUAGCGGCGUAGCUGGGAGGGCCCGGAGCAGGCCGCGCCCCGAACGGCGAAGGCUUCAACAUGGCGGCCGGACUGGCCAUUGAGCGGGAAGAGAAAGCCGGGGACUAGCAGGCAGCACGGCACAGACGGGGCCCGCGUCCUCCCUUUACUUCCGGAAUUUAAAGCCGGCUUCCGGAAGCCGGGACGGUGUCCCCAUGACAACCGACGUUGGCGUUUGGAGGUGCUUGCCUUAGAGCAAGGGAAACAGCUCUGAUUCAAAGGAACUAGAAGCAUCUCCCUUAGUGGUAGGGAGAGAGCCAGGAGCUGUUUUCUGGGAACUGUGGGAUGUGCCCUUGGGGGCCCAAGAAAACAGAAGGAAGAUGCUCCAGACCAGUAACUACAGCCUGGUGCUCUCGCUGCAGUUCCUGCUGCUGUCCUAUGACCUCUUUGUCAAUUCCUUCUCAGAACUGCUCCGAAAGGCUCCUGUCAUCCAGCUUGUGCUCUUCAUCAUCCAGGAUAUUGCAGUCCUCUUCAACAUCAUCAUCAUUUUCCUCAUGUUCUUCAACACCUUCGUCUUCCAGGCUGGCCUGGUCAACCUCCUAUUCCAUAAGUUCAAAGGGACCAUCAUCCUGACAGCUGUGUACUUUGCCCUCAGCAUCUCCCUUCAUGUCUGGGUCAUGAACUUACGCUGGAAAAACUCCAACAGCUUCAUAUGGACAGAUGGACUUCAAACGCUGUUUGUAUUCCAGAGACUAGGUAAGGACCAGAGCAAGAUCAGGCCUCUCUUGGGUCCCACAUGUGUCUCUUUCAGUAAGGCCCUUGAUUCCGGCUUCUCAGCCCUGUCCCAGCUGGAUUGGGAUGGUUGCAACAGCCACACCAGGAACAGGAGGGAUUACUGCCCCUGCCCUUGCUGGAAGACCAUGGGAAAUCAGGAGGCAGAGCUGCCCAGCCUCAUUAGGUUCUGUUCUUAACCUGAAAUGAUACUCAGGAGCACCCCUGAGGCUUCUCUUCUGCUUCCUCCCUGCAGCGGCAGUGUUGUACUGCUACUUCUAUAAACGGACAGCCAUAAGACUAGGCGACCCUCACUUCUACCAGGACUCUUUGUGGCUGCGCAAGGAGUUCAUGCAAGUUCGAAGGUGACCUCUUGUCACACUGAUGGAUACUUUUCCUUCCUGAUAGAAGCUACGUUUGCUGCUCUGCAGGGAGAGUUGGCCCUAUGCAUGAGGAAACAGCUGGACUUUCCAAGGAAGGUUCAGACCAGCUGUGUUCAGCAUUCAAGAAGGAAGAUCUUCCCUCUUGCAAAUCAGAGUGUCCCCAUCGGUCUCCAGUGCGGCAUCCCUUCCUUGCCUCCUACCUCCGUUCCACCCCCUUUCCUUCCUUUCCUCUCUGUACCAUUCAUUCUCCCUGACCCGCCUUUCUUGCUGAGGAUUCUGUGGCUCUUACCCUUGUGAAGCUCUUCCUUUAGCCUGGGACAGAAGGACCUCCCAGCCCCAAAGGAUCUCCCAGUGACCAAAGGAUGUGAAGAGUGAUAGUUACAUGCUACUGACCGAUCACACCGCAGACAUUUAGAUUUUUAUACCCAAGGCACUUUUAAAAAAUGUUUUAUAAAUAGAGAAUAAAUUGAAUUCUUCUUCCAUAAA